GCUUCCCAGGUUCCGAAGUGGCGAGAGCAGAGAGCGAGAGGCUAGAGACCGGGAACCGAGGCGCCGCAUCCGCCCAGCCAACCAUCCCCUGCCCACGCUGGUCCCGACGCUGCGGGGUCGGUGUAGCCGCCGUGCGCCCCCGAGUGCCCGCGCCGGGCGGUACUUCCGGCGCAGGUGACCGUCGCCUCCUCGCGCGCGCUACCGCCUCCGGGCCGCCGCGCUGUCACCAUGGCGACGCCGUCGCGCCGUGGCCCGCGGAACCGGCAGAGCGGCCGGGACGCGGCGCGGCGCGAGGACGCGCACAGGCCUGGCGGCGGCGGGACCAGGAGCUGCUGUCAGAGAACUGGGAGGCGGAGCUGGAGCUGACCAACCCGAGGAGCUGGUUGACCCAGGCCCCAGCAAAACAGGGGCACUAACUAGUGCUGGCUAGUUAGUGCUGGGAAAGCGGCAGCUACAGCUUCUGUUCGCCACUGCCUUGCACCUUCUGCUGGGGUCAGCAUGGAGCCUGGUGGUGCCUCCGUCCCUGCUGCCUUGCCGUACUACGUGGCCUUCUCCCAGCUACUGGGCCUCACCGUGGUGGCUGUGACUGGCGCAUGGCUGGGUCUGUACCGAGGUGGCAUUGCCUGGGACAGCUCGCUGCAGUUUAAUGUGCACCCACUCUGCAUGGUCAUAGGCAUGAUCUUCUUGCAAGGAGAUGCUCUCCUGGUGUACCGUGUCUUCAGAAAAGAAGCCAAACGCACGACCAAGAUCCUACAUGGACUGCUUCAUGUCGUCGCUCUCAUCAUCGCCCUGCUGGGCUUGGUGGCCGUGUUCGACUAUCACAGGAAGAAGAGCUAUCCAGACCUGUACAGCUUGCACAGCUGGUGUGGGAUCUUAGUCUUUGUUCUUUAUUUUGUGCAGUGGCUUGUGGGUUUCAGCUUCUUCCUGUUCCCCGGAGCUUCAUUCUCUCUGCGGAGCCGGUACCGCCCACAACACAUAUUUUAUGGUGCCACCAUCUUCCUUCUUUCUGUGGGCACAGCUCUCCUGGGCCUGAAGGAGGCGCUGCUGUUCAAACUUGGGACCAAGUACAGCAAGUUCGAACCCGAGGGGGUCCUGGCCAACGUGCUGGGCCUGCUGCUGGUCUGUUUUGGGGUGGUUGUGCUCUACAUCUUGGCUCAAGCUGACUGGAAGCGGCCUUCCCAGGCUGAAGAGCAAGCCCUCUCCAUGGACUUCAAGACGCUGACAGAGGGAGACAGCCCUAGUCCCCAGUGACGGCCUUGGGUGAUCCUCCCGGUUCUGUGGGUUCUCGGAUAUCUUUCUGCCCCUCCCUGCAGAGCCUGAAACUUUAGGUCCGGGAGUGCCUGCCGGCAGUGGUGUCAGUUUAGUGGGACUCCAGGUGUUGGCUUUGUCCUCUGCUUUUCCUUCCUGCUUGCAGCUUCUGACGCAUCCUGUGAGCCAUGUGUGGGCCUGAUCCUUAGGGGAGCUAGCUCCACCCUCCAGGCAGCUGAUGGCUGGGGGGCCCGAGGGACUGGUGUGGAAAAGCCAAGCCUGCUGCUUGUGCAUUCAACCCAGGAGUCCUAGCAGCUCGGGAAGCACUUGUCCUUGGCAGCAGAGCAAGUGAUAUGAUGUGUAAAGUAUGCUGGUGUUCAGACUGAGGUUCCCCCAAAGGGUUGAGUCUGGCCCUUGAAAGAGCCAUGUGGCUUGGCCAAAGGUCCACACUGUCACGGACCUUUCUGGUCUUUAACCCCUGAGCCUUAAAUAGGCUUUUCAGGGAAGGGACUAGGUGCACAGAACGCAAGUAUGUACCUGCCGUGGGGGAUGAGGGCAGGCUGCUGGUGGUGAGGGGCCUCCUGGCCUCCUGCUGUCCACCCGGGCAGUUCCUCCCUCCAACAGGGGCUGAGUCCUGGUUUCCUUCUGCAGGCCAGCCUGGACAGGCUCUGGGAGGGCAGGUGGCAUACCUUCUGCUAUUUGUCUUGCUCUCCAGGGGGGUUCUGGGUUGCCCCGACUUGACUGAAGCAGCCCUGGAGGAUUAUUGUCCUCCUACACCUGGGUCCCUGGACAAUAGGACUGAAGUGGACAGAGGGAUGGGCUUGGUCUCCUGUGGUGUCUGCACACAGCUUCAACCCCUGCCGCCUGUUGUGUUGUUAGCUGAGUCACUGCUUGGCUUGAGUCUAGAAUAACGUGAUUAGGGCAUUGGUCUCGUGCUUCUUGGGCUUGGCAGACGCUCUCUCCUCUCCUGGGCCUUGAGGAGCCUCACUGUUUGUGACAGACAUAGUUAACUUAACAAGGAGAUUAGCAGUUUCUGAACCUGAUAAUUCCUUUAGGUCAAGAGGCCGGACUUCUGUCAGAUUUCUUGUGUAACUGUGCUGUGGGUCUCUUUCUCCAGCAGUGGUGGCACCCCCUCUCCCUGGGGUCCCUCCCCAGGCUGCCCAUCACCCUGGCUCCUCCAGCUCUCCAUUUGCAGGGAUGGUGGGUUUGCCUCCAGUUUCAAUUGUGUAUGCUGCAAGGAUAGGGAUCUUAUCGAUUCUUUCAUCAGCUGGCACACUGAUACAGUCAAAUGUUUACAUGUGGGAGACUUGUCUUUAGACAAACCCCGAGUACCAUUGUGAAUCUCCCGUGCCAGACUAUACAGAAAACCAGAACUCAUCGAGAGCCUGUAAACUAGUCUUUCUGCCAAAGUGUAUGAUACAUGACUUAGGACCAAAGAAGGCCCCCAAGCAGAUGUGUGUGGUUUCUUGUGUUUGCCUGUGGCUGUCUCCUGUGACGUACAGUGUGUUGUUGGUGCAGCGGAUGAAUCAAUACAUUCUACAGCCGAC